AUGACUACUCACAGUUCCAAGGGUGAUGUAAAAGUAAUUUUGUCUGGCAGAAUCCAGGAAGAGAGCCGCCUCUGCCACUGCCCCCAACCUUUGAAACAACUUACCCUAAAGGUGAGGUGCACACUCCAGAUUUUCCUGGAAAUCCUAUUAAAGCUCAGUUAUAGGCAACAGACUCAGAAGACAUUACAGCAUUUUCCAGGUGUGAUCAUACUGUCUCUCUCCACAAUGGGUUUGGCCAUGAAAAGUAAGAAUAAGGAUGAGACCAGCGAUACAGACAGUGGCAUCAUAAUCCAGUCCGGACUUGAUAGCCCCAUGGCUGCAAUGAAGGAUUUGACACAAGCCAUGAGGAAGCAGCAAAAGGCCCUUGAGGAACGUCUGGAAGCCUGUUUACAGGAACUACAAAUAUUAUGCCUGCGUGAAGCUGAAUUGACAGGAAUGCUGUCUUCAGAAUAUCCUCUGAAACCAGGAGAAAAGCCCCCGAAGGUCCGCCGUCGAAUUGGUGCUGCUUUCAAACUGGACCAAAAGGCUAUUCUUUCAGGAGCAGAUCCGCUGAGCACAUUAGAGAGAGAUCUGGCUCUGCAGCUGCAGAUUGCGGAAGCUGCUCGUUGUCUUUCCAAGGAAGAAAAUCUUGCCAAGCAGGUUCGAAAACGCCGGAAAACUGCUGUUUUGAAAGAGGAAAAGAAACUGAAGGAGUUGGAGCAAGCGCUCAGUGAAUAUCACCUGGCAUCCAAACAGUCCACCCUGCUGAAGACCAUUGCUCCAGCCUUAGAAGGGUUCGGUGCCUCUGACGAACGUUCCUUCUUGGAUGCGACUGUGAGAGAAGAAGAAGUCCCAGUGGUGAAUCCUCACCUUCCAACAAAAAAUACACAUUGGACCCAAAUCCAGUCUCACCACAGUUCUUCAUCGCAACUUUCCCCCCUUGGCUUUCUAGAAGAUUCAACUCACCAUCCAGCUGCUGAAGUGGAGUCUUCUCCCAUCCAGAAUAGCCCUUGGAAAGAAACUAGUUUGGAUAAGCCCUAUGAGAAGCCCAAGAAGUCGUUUGAGACCAACAACAUGCUGAGCACAGCAAGUAUAAUGUCCCCACCGGCACCCAGCCCUUCCCUUCAGAGGGCAGUUGAGACACAUCUGUGUCACUUGGAUCCUCCUAGGAAGCUGGAAGUAAGAAGACAGGCUGGUUUCAGUGCCCCUCCAACCCCAGAAUUCACGGGAAGGAGAGGACAGUCUCAGCUGAUAAGGGUAUGUUCAACUCGGGAAAGUUUGGAGUCCCGUGGAAGAAGUGCACUACCCCGGCGACGCCCCACCUACUAUACCGUGACUGUCCCCGAGUUCUGUUUCUCUGCAUCCAAUCCUAACCCUGCUCUGAAAGCCAACUUUCACUCUGCUUCAGAAGAUAGCAGUUCAGAUGUCUCCAGCAUCUCUUAUACAACAUCUGCCGGCAGCAGCAGCCCAGACAUUUCCUUUAUGAAGCCAGCAACUGUUGUGUCCAAGGAGGAGCCCACGCAGCUGUUCCAUAACCAGGUCUGCAAGGGACAAGAAGCAGAAUACCACCGCCUGUGUCCUCAGAACCUGCGUUCAGGGCCAGUUUUUUUUCCUGCCACAGAACACGUGCCCAGUAGCCACCUGACUGCUGGGAGAGAGCUCUGCCAUGGUCGGCCAUCUUUUCUCUCUGGCAGUUCAGCCCACUUUGCCUACAAGGAAGAAGCGGUGCCAGUUAGAUUCCACAGGUCAGUUGUAGCCCACAGCAGGGUAGUUCGCACACCAUCCCUGAAGGACUUUGUCCCAGUGGGUCCUCGAGUUCUCUCCAAGGCGGCAGUGACAGAAGAGUUAAAAUCCUGGCACGAACGGACCCGUCUGCGCAAUGCACGUCCACAUUCCCUGGAUAGGCAAGGGGCUUUCCGUGUGCGCAGUAUGCCAGGCAGAGAACUGCAUUCUCCGUGUUCCUUUGGGCAUCAAAUUCAGGUACCUCGUGUCCAUAUCCUCAAACGCUCUCCUGAAGGAGCCCCUGUGCAGGUCUACGUCCCAGAAAAUGGAGAAAUCAUUACUCAGGUUUAGAUGCUGCUAGACCCUGGCAGCAUGAGCAGGAUGAUUACCUCUUAGGCCCUUGUCUGGGAGGGGAAGAAGAGGCCUUAAUUCAAGUCUUGACAUGUUCUUGCAUCUUGUACUCCUUCUAUUUAGAAGAGAAACUUUGGGACUUGUUCUGCAAGCUACGUGAGAUCAUGUUCCUAUGAUGUUGAUACAGUGUACUGGUGACAACAGAAGUUAUGUUUCUUGUAUUAUAUGAAAUAUAGAUCAGAGUAACUAGGGUUUGUCUGCCUAUUUAUUCUCUCCUAGGUCUGUGCUGGAAACAGAGUCUCUAUAGAUUAUGGAAAUGAAAUUGGUGUAGGAUUUUUGUAGUCAGAGCUAUUUCUGACUACAACUUACUUUCUGGUGGAAGUAGAAUGUAUGUGUACCUACACAAGUUCCUUCCCAAUUACUAGAUUUGCCUUCUUUGUUCCUAAAGAAAGCUACCUGAUGCAGCCAAUGGUCUGCCUUAGUGUACUUCAUACUCCAUUCUGUUAUUCUGCUUUUUUUUUUAGACUAAUGGAAUUCACAAAUCUUGCUAUCUCUGUGGACCUGUUUAUGAAUCCUUGUUUUCAGUUUUAAUGGAAUUUUGUAUUAAAAAGAGGCCCAUUUUGAUGGAUGAACUAUAUAACAUAUUGCUCAACUUUUGUAUGCAAUCCUCAUUAAAUUAUGGCAGCAGAGGGUUGCCUACAUAGAACAAAUUGCAUGUCACAUAGUUGAUAAUCAUCUAGCAUUGAGCCAGACAACCAGCUUUAAUUUUAUAGCAGAAGAGAUUGAUGACUUGUCUGUCAACUGUAAGAAAACAAGUCACUAUUCACUGAUCUCUUUGGCAAGAAACAAGAUGGUUUACACAAACACAUACUCAGACCUUAGAAUUGAGCAACGUAUAUGUGGAAUCUGGGAUGAUCUGUACCCAAAUGGAAAUACUUGUUGGGCUGUUUUAUUCCAAAGAUGGACUAAAACAUAGUUCCUCUGGGUAGAGGUGGGUCAGGGAGGGGAGGAGUAGGGAAAAGCCAAGUUUGAAGGCGUAUGCAAACUUUUGUGGUGGCAGUGACAAUGUAGGACAGAGAAGGCACUGAAAAGAUCAGAAGCAGUGUGGCCCAGUGCCACACUGGAACUUUGUGAUGGUAGCUGACUAAAGGUCGGAGAAGAGGGCAAAGUAUACCACUGUAUAACAAUUACUCCACAAUCCCUCUGAAUGCUGUUUUAGCAAAAACCUUAGGCAAUGGAAAUGUUGUGGGUUUUGUUUCUACCAAGCCACAACCGAUCCAAAACUUUUUUGGUUUAUCAUGGAUCCCAACCAAAACAUUUUUCCCUGCAGUAUUUUCUAUAUAUCCUUACCGCAAACCAUAGCCUACAGGGUGAAGAUAUGUCUUAAUUUUUAUAUCACUCUUGCAUUUAACCUGAGAGUUCUCAAGUUAAAAUUCAGUCCUGCUCAAGGGUAUAUACUAUAUUUCUAAGUUUUGGUAAAUUAUUAGUACUGUCCACUAUUUUCCUGUUAGUGUUCUAUGCCUUUUGACUUCAUUAAAAGUAGAAAUCAAGCUAAGGAAAUGUUCUAUAUAUUUACAUUAUUAAAAAAAAUAUUGGCAA